GUGGGAUGCUAUGGAAUAUGAUGAGAAGUUGGCCCGGUUCCGGCAGGCCCACCUCAACCCCUUCAACAAGCAGCUCAGGGCCGGGCAGCAUGAGCAGAGGGCUGGCGAGGAGGCCCCAGACGUCGCUUCAGAAGCUACCCAGCUUUCCCCUGGGAAAAGGCAGACUGACUUCUCUCUGUUGCCUUCCACACCUGCACACGCUCACUCCAGAGACCCUGCCUGUGCUGGCCCCUGGGGAGCCGGAGUUCCACUGUGCCGAGCGUGUGAUGGAUCUCGGUCUGUCUGAGGACCACUUCUCCCGCCCUGUGGGUCUGUUCCUGGCCUCUGACAUCCAGCAGCUGCGGCAGGCCAUCGAGGAGUGCAAGCAGGUGAUCCUGGAGCUGCCGGAGCAGUCAGAGCGGCAGAAGGACGCCGUCGUGCGGCUCAUCCACCUGCGGCUGAAGCUCCAGGAACUGAAGGACCCCAAUGAAGAUGAGCCCAACAUCCGAGUCCUCCUGGAGCAUCGCUUCUACAAGGAGAAGAGCAAGAGUGUCAAGCAGACGUGCGACAAAUGUAACACCAUCAUCUGGGGGCUCAUUCAGACCUGGUACACCUGUACAGGGUGUUAUUAUCGCUGUCACAGCAAGUGCUUGAACCUCAUCUCCAAGCCCUGCGUGCGUUCCAAAGUCAGCCACCAAGCCGAGUACGAGCUCAACAUCUGCCCAGAGGCGGGGCUGGACAGCCAGGACUACCGGUGUGCCGAGUGCCGCGCGCCCAUCUCUCUGCGGGGUGUGCCCAGCGAGGCGCGGCAGUGUGACUACACGGGCCAGUACUACUGCAGCCACUGCCACUGGAACGACCUGGCUGUCAUCCCGGCGCGCGUGGUGCACAACUGGGACUUCGAGCCACGCAAGGUGUCCCGCUGCAGCCUGCGUUAUUUGGCGCUGAUGGUGUCACGGCCAGUGCUCAGGCUUCGGGAGAUCAACCCUCUGCUGUUCAACUACGUGGAGGAGCUGGUGGAGAUCCGGAAGCUGCGCCAGGACAUCCUGCUCAUGAAGCCAUACUUCAUCACCUGCAAGGAGGCCAUGGAAGCGCGUCUGCUCCUGCAGCUCCAGGACCGGCAGCAUUUUGUGGAGAACGAUGAGAUGUACUCAGUCCAGGACCUCCUGGAUGCCCACACGGGCCGCCUGGGCUGCUCGCUCACCGAGACCCACACGCUCUUCGCCAAGCACAUCAAGCUGGAUUGUGAGCGGUGCCAGGCCAAGGGUUUCGUAUGUGAGCUCUGCAGAGAGGGUGACGUGCUGUUCCCCUUCGACAGCCACACAUCCGUGUGCAGUGACUGCUCCGCCGUCUUCCACAGGGAUUGCUACUAUGACAACUCCACCACGUGCCCCAAGUGUGCCCGGCUUAUGUUGCGGAAGCAGUCUCUAUUCCAGGAGCCUGGUCCGGACGUGGAUGCCUAGAGCCACGGGCACCCCUCCCAAGCCUUUCUGGAGCCCACCCUACUGGUCAUUGCCAAAGUCAAGGUGUUUCUUGUGCUCUGGACACCCCUGGGAUGCAGCCCCUGGACCUCACCCAGGGGCCAGGGGGUGAAAGCACCACAAAGACCAUCAGCCCCUGGUCUUGCUGGGACUCAGGGCUGUGCCUGGCUGUUUCCUGCGUGUGCUGCUGUGAGGGCCAGAAUGUGCCCCCUACCACUGCAGGGCUCCAUGGUCAGGGGCGUGGGGGAGGGUUUCCGUCUUCCCCAUGGUGAAGAGCCCCCACAUGUCCUUGGAGCCAGGCUGCUGAGUCUUGGCUACCCUAAAAACCCUGGAGGGCUUCCAGGGAGUGGCUGACAAGACCUGAGGAUGCCGGCUGCACACCCUCAGCCUUGGCCUGAGACUCAUCUGUAGUGGAUGGUUGGGAUCUCCCUGGAGGCUCCCAUCCCCCAACCCUUGUCUCUUUGGGGUCUCCUGCCUGUUCCUGGCUGAGGCUCUUACAGGUGUCCCCCAAGUGCCUGGCCCUGCCUCUACGGUUCUCUCCUAUAGAUUAGAGGUCGACAGGGCCAGUCCAGGGGUUACCAGUUCUUUCUACGCACCAUGGAGGGAAGGGGCCAUGGAGCUCUUUCCCCUGGGGGACCAGCUGUGGCUCCCGACUUGGCCUAGCCCUGCUCACUCUGGUGCUCUGAGCUGGGUGGCUGGGCGUCCUGCCUCCAGGUGUGGCUCUGGGAGAGGUUCCAGAGGUUUGAGUGGCAUUUCUGGGGACAAGAUUUGCCCUGAGAUGGUCUGUCCUGCUACAGUGCCUGUGGAGGAUCCGGACAGCUCAAGGACCACCAGCCAGGGCCUUGUUAGGGACCCUGAGGUCAAGCGCUGGGAAUAUUUGCUCCAGUGAGUUCAGGCAGGAAGCCUUGAGUCCAUGAAGGAAGAUGAGCACGAGGUGCGUGACGCCCCAUCUGACCAAGGACCCCGGACGGAGGAUGAGGCCCACAGCUCUUCAUGGGGGAGCUGCAGGCAACCUCGACAUUUGCAGGGAUGUUUCCUGCAUCAGAGACCCUGCCUUUGAGGGGGCGGCCUGGGGGCAGAGUCGUUCCUGCCCUGCCCUGGACUGUGAUUGGCUGUCACGUUCAGGUAGUGGUGGUGGGCAGGGAACACAGCCACUGGGUUCCCCAUCACCUUUGACUGGGAAGCCCAAGAGGAGAGGCUGCAGCCAGCAGAAGGGUCAGCUCAGCUUGUUGGCCAUUGGCUGACGCAAGGGGUGCUGAAGACUGUCAUGGGGCGGCUUUAGGCGAUCCUCUUGCUGUCUGCUCUGACCUGCCUCUGUGACAGCGAGAAGGGGGUCGACAACAGGUCCUCAGCCUGCCUCUCUUGUAGGGUUGCAGAGGGUUUAACCAGUUAACUACCACGCGUCCAAAACGGAAACCAGCCCCACACGCCACAGUAUUUUGAAUUUAAAAAAAUCAAUUUGCAAUGAAUAUUAUAAAAAUAAACAUAUUACAAUUUGAGUGUUCUUGGAUAUUUUCAGCUGAAAAUUCUCACAAAAAAAUGAUUUCAAAGUUGGUCAGAGCUGCCACUUAGGGAAAACAUUCUUUAUAGACGUGCGUGGCGUGUGGGGAAGGUCCGCCGCUUGUGUCUGUAGAUGCUUACGGCGUACAGGGGUUAAGGGCAGAUGCUCGGAUCUGCACCUUUUCACAGCUGCACGUCUGUCUGGGGACAGAAGCCAUUCCUGCGUUCAUGUGUUAGGGUCAGUGUCCAGAAGUAACGCUAGCAUGCUGGCAUUUGUCGGACAGAUUUGGCUUUUUUAAUUUAUUUUUUUAGCUCCCUCAAUUACCUCCUGCCCUAACACCUCUUCCCCGCCUAUCCCUUCUGGAUGACAGAGUCUCCAAACAGAAUCACAUGUGGUCUUUCUGAGUCCACAGCACUCUAACAAGAACCCACAGAGGAACCAGUUUGCACAGCCAGCACCUUACAGAGGAGCAACGAGGGGCACCCAGCUGGAACGAUGCUGCAGCCAUUGUCUCAUUAAAUCUGUGAUCUCUAGCCUUUGCUGUGUGUGGUGAAUCAAGGACAGGUCAGGGUUUGUUGACAGGCAAACCAAUUGUGGGUUCUAGGAAACGCCUACAACCUGCCCCACCCAAUUGAGUCUCAUUAAUCUGGUUUGGGGAGAAGCACUCUUGAUGGGUGAUGAGCUCGGGCAUGGGUGUCAGACAUAGGCCUGAGUGCUCCGAUUCCCUUCAGCCUCCAUUAUCCUAUGAGAUGGAUGAGAAUGCGGACUGUCUCAUGGGCUGUUUGGGGGUUGGGAGUCACUGAUCACUGAGCGGGGCAUGCAGAGAAUGCUCAGUGCCCUAAUGGAAGGACUGUCUCAUUGACCCAGCAUCACAAGAACGUCACAGGUCCUGUGUCUGUCACAUCUCGUCAGGGCCCACUACAAGGCUCUCACUGAAACUCAAGGCUAUUCCCGUUGCCCUUGGACCACAGGAAACCAUACAUCCCUACUGCAAGUUAUGUCCAAACCGCUGUAGAUGUCCAUUUUUCUACAGAGAUACCAUCUGCAGAUCUGACCAGGACCUCAAAGGGGCUGUGACCCAGAGAACCUCGGAAAUCCCUGCUCAUCACCUAUGUCCAGUUGCAAUCCAGAUAACCUGUCAGCAAUCCUAUUCCUAAAGGUCUGAACGGCACCUCAGCUACAAAUAACUAAAGCUCUACUUUGGAUAUCAGGGGGAGGAUGCAAUCUUUUUCCCCUUUCCGGUUAUGAAAUAGUAAUUAACAUUUUGACUUAGACUUACAGAAACGUUGCGGAAACAUUCCCACAUACCUGUCUCCUGGAUGGCCUACAUGUAAACAAUUUGCCCCAUUUGGUCCAUUCUUUUCUUCUCUGAACCAUCUGACUGUAGGUUGCAGAGGAUGCCACUUGGCCUCUCAAUACUUGUGCAUAUUCCUCCCAACCAAGGAAAUUACCUUAUAUGGCCUCGGUGCAAUUAUCAGAAGACAACAAGAAAUUAACAUUGCUUAAGUUGUCAUGCGUUAUUUUUUAAAAAGUUACCUUUAUCUAUUUCUGGACUUUCUAAUUCCAGUUCUGACUACUAAAGUGCUUUAAUUACAGA